CUGUGGCGGUUGCGACGCGCAUUGCGACAGGGCGCCGCAUUUUUUUUCGCGUCCGCCCGUGCGUAGAGAGCUGCUCCGGCGUCAGGGACGACGGGACCCCGCAGCAGCAUGGCAGCGCCGCACGUGCUCGACUACGUGCUCUACGCGCUCCUGAUGGCGCUGGGCGUGGCGCAGGGCCUGUACGUCUCGUGCCGCAAGCGCCGCGGCCACGACGUGAGCCGCGAGGCGUUCCUGGGCGACCGCAGCCUGGGCGUGCUGCCGCUGGCCGUGUCGGUGCUCGUCUCGACCGCCUCGCCGCUGGGCCUGGUGGCCCUGACGGCGCACUUCUACGCCUACGGCCUGCACCUCGUCUGGAACGUGCUGAUCACCGUGUCGGCGGUGCCGCUGGUCGUGUACUGCGUCGUGCCCGUCUUCUACAGGCUCGGCGUCACCUCCAUUUUCGAGUACAUUCGUAUGAGAUACAACGCUUUUAUUUCGUUGACGGCGUGUGUUAUCUACCUCAUUCUAACGCAAAGCGUCGGCGCCGCCCUCAUCUUCUCAGCCGCACUCACAACGCACACGAUAUUCGGCAUACCGGUCACGACAGCCAGCAUCAUGUUCGGCCUAAUGGGCACCUACUACGCUGCCGUUGCGGGACUCCGGGGUGUCGUGUGGACGGACUGCUUGCAGGCGCUGAUCACCCUGCUGGCGCCGCUGGUGGUCAUCGGCAAAGUGGUGUACGACUCGACCGUCGGUACGCUGACCUUGCGUCCCUUGGACGACAUCGAGGUCGAUAAAUACAUACUCGACGUCAGUAUGGACCUGACCAAGGAGGAAAACGUGUGGUCCUGCCUAGUGGGAGGCUUGGCAUCUUUCCUCUACCGGCUGGGAUUUGACCAAAUGGUUUUGCAGAGGUACCUCGCAUCGAGGAAUCUGAGUGCUGCCCAGAGGACUGCCAUAGUCGGAGUGUGCUUUUCUGGGUUGUACUACCUUGUGCUAAUGGCAGGAGCGGCUGCCCUGAUAUAUCGAUUUAGAGACUGCGAUCCGAUGCUGUCGAAAUCGACUUCGACCCUGGACCAGGUCCUCCCAUUCUACGUAAAGAAAGAGCUGGCGCCUGUGCUGGGCUUUUCAGGCAUCUUUCUCGCCGGGGUCGUGAGCUCCUCGACAAGUGCUGUUUCCUCCAUCAUCAACUCACAAGCUGCCGUUUUGUACGUGGACGUGGUUGCUCAGUACUUCCCUGUAAAUGAAACGUGGGCUUCCAGGAUUACGAAAGCACUUGCCUUUGCAUCAGGCAUAGUUAUGACUGCUUACAGCCUGGCGGUUCCUUUCAUUGGCUCUACGAUGCGAAUCUUCAUAUUGAUCAACAGUGCCGUGACCGGCCCCUUCGUCGGCCUCCUUGUGCUCGCCAUUCUAUUCCCUUUCGCCAACUCCAAGGUCGGAAGACGUUUUCAUGCUCUACCGUCUUUCAUCCUUUUGGAGCAGUUUCUUCAGCGUCAUCGUGACCAUCGCUGUAGGAGUCGUUAUCAGCCUCCUCACAGGUGGACAGAAAACUGCCGCUAUGCACGAGCACUUGGUCGACAACACAAUCCGUACUGCGUGGAGAAAAACAACACGCCGCCGUGGCAGCCAGAGCAACGAGCCGACACCCAGUGCGCCGGAGUCCACGGACAGAAGAUCUUCCAGUCCAGAAGAUCUUUCCAAGUUGGCUAUCGACAGGGAAGAACUCGAGCGAUUAACGAAAGAAACGCAAGUGUGAACAAGCUCACACUACUUUAUUGUGAUCGACACACACGUCAUAAUAAAUUUGAACGCGCCUUGGUACCAGGCCCGUUACAUGUACCUCUCCUUCCGCAGUGCUGUUCAUUUUUUGUCAGAGGUCGUUCCCUUUGCGCGAGAGGAUUCCGGGGGAUGUUAAGUGGCCUUCAUCGUAUUUUACAUUACUCAGUCGUGGGUUUUCUCCAAUGACCCCAGUUUUUCAAUUAGGUCUUGUUAUUUGUAUCCUAAAUCUGUUGUCCUCAUUAUCAAUGGCUUAUUAUUGGUUUACCAAAUGUACUAGGUAUAUGUGCUUGUGUAUAUUCCGGGUGGCCAUUUUUAAGCUUCUCAGGAUUUUUAAAGAUCGCCUGCGAUAGAUAGCUUAAUUAUUGUAUAGAAGAGGCUAGUGAUGUCCG